AUUAAGAGGCAUUAGACUACUCUGUGCUGCAGAGGCCGGAGUCAUCCUGCUGACAGAUAUCUGCUGCUUCUACUGCUGAGCUGCUAUGGAUGCUGUGCAACAUGUCUUCAAGGGGACUUUCAUUCAUUCAUCUUCUAGUUGUGACUGUGAGGUAAAGGAGAACCACAUCCUGGGUACAGACAGCUCUGGCAAAAUUUUGUUCUUUGAAGAUGCCCAGAAUCAGACAAGAUUGGCUCAGAAGUGGGGAUUUGAUGAAAGCAACAUUCAAGAACUUGGCAAGAAUGAAUUCUUUAUGCCAGGAAUGAUUGAUACCCAUAUCCAUGCACCCCAGUAUAUGUUUAUUGGAACCGGAAUGGAAAGGCCUCUUCUGGAGUGGCUGGCAUGUACUACAUUUCCAACAGAAGAUAUAUUCUCAGAUGCAGAAAUUGCUAGGAAUAUAUACAAUGCCGUUGUGAGAAGAACGUUGAGAAAUGGCACAACAACAGCUUGUUACUUUGCUACCAUACAUACCGAUGCUUCCAUCUUGCUGGCUGACAUUGCAAGUCAGUAUGGUCAAAGGGCAUUUAUUGGAAAGGUUUGCAUGGAUCGUAAUGAUACAUAUGAGAAAUAUAGUGAAACUACUGAAGAAUCUAUCAGGGAAACGGAAAGGUUUGUUGAAGUUCUGAAAAAGAAAAAAUAUAACAGAAUAAAACCCAUUAUAACUCCUCGGUUUGCAAUAUCCUGCAGUGAAAAGUUACUGAAGGAGCUUGGCAAGUUUGCUGAUGAGCAGGACCUACAUAUACAGAGUCACAUCAGUGAGAGUCCUGCAGAAAUUAAAGAGGUCCUGAAACUGUUUCCUGAUUACAAAAAUUAUACUGAAGUGUAUAAUAGAAAUAAACUUCUGACAAAUAAGACAGUUAUGGCUCACUGCUGCUACCUGACCAAUGAGGAGCUACAUGUGUUUAGAGAAAGGGGUACGGCAAUAUCCCAUUGUCCUAAUUCUAAUAUUUCAUUGUGCAGUGGUCACCUUGAUGUUCGAAAUGCUCUAAAUCAUAAAGUAAAAGUGGGGCUUGGGACUGAUAUUGCAGGUGGCUAUUCCAUAUCGUUACUAGACACUAUCCGGAAAGCAAUUGAAACUUCAAAAAUUCUUUUCAUGGAAAGAUCAAAAAGAGAACAGGACAAUAAUCUUAUAGAAGGCAAGAAGAAAGGAAAGAUUACACCAAAUCGAAUAAUUGCAGAUACACAAAAUGACCCAAUAAAAACUGAAAAUAGUCAUCACGUUUUAACUUACAAGGAAGCAUUCCGACUAGCAACUCUUGGAGGUAGUGAAGCUUUGAGCAUUGACCACAUAACAGGAAACUUUGAAGUUGGCAAGGAAUUUGAUGCACUACUCAUCAACAAUGAUGCUAAAGACAGCCCAUUUGAAGUAUUUUCUCCUAUCUCUACAGAGGAAGUGCUGCAACGAUUCAUUUACCUUGGUGACGACAGGAACAUCAAAGCUGUUUAUGUGGCUGGAAGAUGUGUGGUUCCAUUUACUAACAAUAACUAGAAUUAAACUAACAUUUUAUUUGAGUUAAGAACAAUACUUUUUUAUUAAAAUAUUAAUUUACUGUUCUAUACACAUUUUUAAAGUAAUUUUUAAGGUAUAUUCACACAACAG